AUGCCCAGCGAUGACGAGUCACCGCCGUCUCGGUCAAUCCCCUUCAUGGAGUACAAUAAUGUUGUCAUGCUGUCGCCUGAUGAUUCAUCGUUUUUGAACCGAGCUCGCGCGGAGGACACGACCACAGAUGCCGCGAGCCCUCCAGGUUCACCGGAUGGUCUUCGGAUAGGCCCCGCGAAGACAAAUUUGCUGUAUAUCGGCUAUCUCACCCUAUGA